AUGAUAAGCUGUAACUCUGUGCCUACAAUAGCGCCUCUCACUGACGAUGCCGACUACGAUGCCGGAGAAACGUUAGGGGAUGUACCCAGCCAAUGGUCAAAUGCUGGAAAUAUGAAUACUCUGCAAGAGGACACAGGAUUAGGUACGGUCUACUGGCUAUCCCUGACGCUCGAAACAAGUUGCGAAAACAAGGUGGAAUCGACACGAAAGUUAAUAAUUUUAAAAAUGAAACUUAAUUGUAGAUACGAAGAGAAAGAUGGUUUCGAUGAAUCAUUUGAGAUAACAUUGUUAUAG